ACUUGUCAACAGUGUUAUUAAAAAUUCGUGAUCAAAAACUUAUUUUCAAUUUUAUAAUAUUGAAUGAUUAUUUAUCCCAAUUUCUAAGUUUUGUAUACCUUAUUUUCUUGUGUUAUAUGAAAUGGCUGGGACGUAUUAUUUUGUCAUUGUCGGUCAUUCUGAUAAUCCAAUAUUUGAAAUAGAUUUUAUUCCAGCCACCAAAGAAGUUAAGAAAGAGGACAACAGACAUUUAAAUCAGUUCAUAGCUCAUGCAGCUUUAGAUUUAGUUGAUGAACACAUGUGGAAAGUUACAAACACAUAUUUAAAAUCUGUUGAUAAAUUCAAUCAGUGGUUUGUUUCUGCAUUUGUUACAGCGAGCCAGAUGCGGUUUAUAAUAGUACAUGAUGCACGAAAUGAGGACGGUAUCAAGAAUUUCUUCACAGAUGUUUAUGAUGCUUAUAUAAAAUUGAUGCUAAACCCAUUCUACAAGGAAGAUACACCCAUAACAUUACCAGCUUUCGAGAAGAAAAUACAAUUUCUUGGCAAAAAAUAUUUAACAUAGUCAACUUAUAAUCAAACACUAUUUUUAAGACUAAUUUAUGUAAUUACAAUUAUAAGAGAUGUAAAUAUAUGUAUAAAAGUAUAUAAUAAAAAACAAAUUCAAU